AGGGAGAAAAAGAUACUGAAGCGAAUUCAGGCUUUCGCUCCGAGUACGCAGCUUUACAGAGUCUCACCCAGACGACGGAGAGAAAGGAGAACACGGAGGGAGAGAGAAAAAACAAAAAAAACAAACAUAAGGAGUCUUGGCUGAUGCAUCUCUGUGAGAGCAUCCAUUUCACGGCGAUAUAACAGUUUGAAGCGGAGGAGACGGUGCACAUUUCUCCGUGAAACGCUGCGCUUUUCUCUCCUCCGGAGUCAGUUUCCUAGAGCGGCUUGCUGGUGCGCAAAGACACUUUUCUCCAGUCGACACGGACAGUGUUUCAUAACAAUCCUGUUUACUUGGACUUAAAUCAGGUCGUCCGCCGACAUCCAGUGCGACAUCCUGCAUCUUAUUUGUGGACUGUAAUUUUGCGUUCCCGCAGCUUAAAGACGCAGAAAAGGGGAAUAUCAAGUUUUCCUGGAAGUUGCGCAGUGACAGAGGAAGAAAAAAAGAAACAUGGGAAUUAGUGGUUAUCUAGCGGUGCCUGGGAAAUGCCUUGUCGUCCUCGGACUUAAAUUGUUAUUCCUUGUACCUGCAGGAGUUCCAGCCAGGAGCGGGGAUUCUGUAUUAAAGGACAACAUCACCGUGAGACAGGGGGACAGCGCCGUGUUGAAAUGCAAUGUUGACAGCAAAGUGUCUCGAGUGGCAUGGCUCAAUCGCACCACCAUCCUAUUCGCUGGAAACGAGAAGUGGUCUCUGGACCCUCGCGUCGUCCUGAUGGAAAACACAGCGGUCACGGAAUACAGCAUCAAGAUCCAAAACGUGGACGUCCACGACGAAGGGCCGUACGUCUGCUCCAUCCUCACAAACAAGAAACCAAAAUCCACAAAAGUGCACCUCAUCGUUCAAGUACCCGCCAGGAUCACUAACAUAUCCAGAGACGUCACAGUGAACGAGGGGAGCAGCGCCAGUCUCAUGUGCCUGGCAGUCGGCCGACCCGAGGCCAACAUCAUAUGGAAGCAUCAUUCACCAAGAGGCACUCAUAAAUUUGUGACAGAAGGGGAAUAUCUGGAACUGAGAGGCAUCACCAAAGAGCAGUCGGGAUCGUAUGAAUGCAUUGCUUCCAAUGACAUCUCAAACCCUGAUGUCAGGACAGUUCAAAUCACCGUCAAUUACCCUCCAUUCAUCUCUAAAGCGAGGGGCACGGGAACUUCAGUUGGACAGAGAGGAGUCCUGCAGUGUGAAGCCUCCGCUGUGCCCAGGGCAGAUUUUGAGUGGUACAAAGAAGACCGCAGGCUCUUCAAUGGUCUUAAUGGUGUGAAGAUAGAGAAUCAAGGUAAACAGUCCAUGCUCGUCUUUUUCAAUGUCUCAGAAGAGGACUAUGGAAACUACACUUGUGUUGCCAUGAACACGAUGGGAAUCACCAAUGCCAGCAUAAUCCUGUAUGGUCCUGGCGCGAUGCAUGAUGUGAACGGGGCCGCCGUGUUGCACCGUUGCUCUGUAUGUCUCGCGCUGACUGUAACCUCAUUCUACCUGCUGAAGUUCUGAUAUGACAUGUAACAACAACCUUCAAGAGCCUCUCAGCGUUGAAAAACAACAACAGACUAUUAGUCCCAUAAGAAGAAUGGAAACCCAAAUGCGCCAGUGGUUCACCUUAAGGUUCCCUUUUUUUUUUCUUCAUGGUUUUGCAUCAGAGUCUGCUCUCUGUUGGUUCCCCAAGAGUGCUUGGUGUUAAUUGGAGGAUGGGGAAAUUUGAUUUAUGCACUAAUUGGAUGAUGGUAGGACUACUGAGUUUGCUUAUCCCCAUUUUUUUUUUGUAUGUGGAAAGGGAAAAAAAGAAGAAAAAAAAACAUGUAACUGUUGAUAGUUGACUGUUUAUUGCCCAAUAUUGAAGUGUACAUUCAGAUUAUUAUUGUGUCAUGUCCUGUUCAAUAUCUGUACAAUACCAUUAAGCUUUUUUUAAGUAAAUGACAAAAAAAGGGAAAAAAUGCAAUGUGAUUGUUGAAUUUUACUGUAUUUUUACAGUUGUAUGCAAAACCGAGUAACAGAGCCUUCAUAAUAAACAAAUCAGAGUAGUAGAUAGUACCCCAUGAUUUCUCAGGCAAAGUCCUACAGCAUAGUGCAUCCAAAUUUUUAUUUCCAUGGUAGUGUGUGUAGAAAUGAACAAAUGUGUACAGAAAACCCUGCACUGUUUUUCUCAAAUUGCAUACUCUUAUCAAACGGCAUUUUUAAACACCGAUUCACAGUGUCAUAGCAGCUUCACGGCGUUCUAAAUACUGAAAAAAAAUGAAUUAGAUUUUCAGGAAUCAAUGUGAUGUCAGUUGGGAAAAGAUGUAGGUCAGUGUGCACUUUUGUAAAACGGCAAAAUGAACUGAUUGAUUUAAUAUUCCUGUUAACAUAUAUCUAUACCUCUAGUACGUCAUCUGAUCUUUAAAAUGGCGGUGAACGGAGUUUUCAAAAAAUUAUUUAUUUGUUUGUCAGUUUUGAUUUGAUAAAGGAUAAGUGUUAAGCAUCAAAUAGGGAUCUGACCGAUAUGACUGCUAGCAGGGACAUUGUAGCGGUUAGCCAGGAGGCUUUAGACCCACCUCAGCCCCAUCUCUUGGCCUUUCAUAAGGUUGACUGAAUGUUAGGUUGACACAGCAUUUUCAUUUGGCUACCGCCAUAAAUGGACAGGUGGCUUCAGAUUGAAUGGGCAGUAACACUACAGAUUCUAUUAGUGAACAGCAGUUAUCUUAUCUAAGCAGCUUUAUUUUCAGAAAGCUUUGCAACCUUCAGUGAAAAGAGUCAAACAAUGGAAGAAAGUAUAGGCAUACCUUCUGUGUCCAUCAAUGACAUGAAUGCAACAUUAAAAGGAGUAUUAUGUGUUGGGCAGCAGUGCUGUAAAGAGAUGACUGAAGAGAUGUCUUUGUUUGAGCUCAGCCAUGUGUCACCUCCACUCAGAUGAAUUUGAAUACCUGAAGAAGGUUGACAUCUGUCUUUGAUAAGACAUGGGAGGUUGUUGAUGCAAAAUGAUCCACUUCAUUUAAAGAAGUUAAUGCUUUAACACAUUGGAUCUAUCAAAAAACCUAACCCCAAGCAGUGCAAAGUACAACACAAGUGUCUUGCUAAUUUCCAAAGGACACAGUUGCCAUUUUCAAGCCUAUUGCCCAGGUUGUGUUACUAAAUUCCCUUGCACCCUCAUAUUUAUCCAUUGCCUCAUUGGUUGUAAAAUGAAUUGCCAUUAAGUCUAUGGCACAUUAGUUUCCUUCUCUUGGCUUUGGAUAUCACAGAACCAGGAAGCGCUCUUUGCUACUUCCUCCCAUGACUGCUGCACCCAGGAAGAUUCUUGCUCUUGUUCUGCAGGGCUGGAACUAAAGCCUGAGUCUGACACCUAUCUGCCCUUCAUGCCAUGUCUACCCUUUUGUACUUAAACUUAUUGAAAACAUUACACUGUAUUUUUUAGGGCGCACUCACACUAGUUAAGUUGUCCUGUGCCGUGCUUAAGCACUAUUGUCCUCCCUUCCCAUUCCCCUGCUGGCUUGCAUUCACACUGCUCCAGGACUACCCGGGCCUCAGCACGGUUACCUUUUGUACAUAAGGUCGUAAUACAACACAUAAAUGGCUUUACCUAAUUAUGAAGCGUGCUUAUUUUACAAGACAGGUGGAUGCGUGGCGGGUCCACUGACUUUGUGGCUAAUUUUGAGUCAUUUUAGUCAAAUUCAGGCAUAACACUACGGGAUUUCUCCAUAAUGAAGGCUGUCCACGUUGUGUGCUGGUGCAUGAACUGUAUAGUGCCGAAGCACACUCUUUGAAGCGUGCCAGGGCCAAGCAAGUGUACUGUGCUUGAGCACAGAGCAGAGCACUCACACUGGUCAAACAAACUGGACUUUAGGGUGAAGUGUGCUUAGGUAUGGUACGGAUUUCCUAGUGUGAGUGCACCUUAGUAACCCAAGUAGUUCCAACCCCCCCCCCCGCAGUCUCAUUCAGACACAUAAUAAACACUUCUGAGUCUGCGUUUUACCAAAAAGGCUUCCCACUAGUUCAAAUGUUAACCAAUAUGUGGAACUAUAACACAAGCAGUGUUCCUAAAUAUAGGACAUGGUUAGAUAAUCUAUGGUAAUGAGCAUAGUUUUUAACUUUCACUAAAAUGUACUAAAUUCUUUUAAGAUUUUAUUGCUGUAAAGCUUAACCAACCGAUGUGUGGUAAUGAAAACAACUUAAGCGUCUAGAAACAGACUCAUUUAAUACAUUUACCUUACCAUCCAGGUAAUGUGCAAACAUAUUUUACAGUGAAGGACUGGUCUUAAGAUAUGUAUCACCAUUUUCUUAUUUCAAAUGGUGGAUAAGCAGGAUGAAGGUCCUUUAUUCAAAUCUCAAUUAAAAUACACCAAUAGUCAUGAAAUUCUCAUCUGCAGAGCAGGUACACAGUGCCAGUCCAUGUCAAAUCUACAUGUAACAAAAGCUAGCAUGAAUGUUUCCGUGCAGCUGCUAUGAGGCUUUUUUUCAGGUGUUAUGAAUGUGUGCUUUUAACCUGGGUUGACCCAAGAUAACCAGCUGACGCUGCUCUGAAGACUGCAGAAGUGAUGGUUGUACUCUGUGGUCAUUGGAUGCGUUUUCAAGGAUCUUUUUUUUUUAGUCUGCCGCAGACAGAAAUCUCCAGUGACAAGAAUAUAAAAGCACAAGUGAUUGAUUAUGUGAUGUUCUGCUGUUGUCAGUUCACUUCUGUGCAUAACGAUGAAGAAGUGUGAUGAAGACAAAACAACAGGGAUGAGAUAGUUGAACGUGGGAAUGCUUUUGAUGUACUCACAUGUAAAGUUUUGUGCUUGUAACGAUGGUGGUGGACCAGCAGACUUUUUUGAGGUUUGUGAAAAUAAAACACAUGACAGGUGAGAAUCAGAUACCUGUUACACUCAUGUGAGGGUGUACACCUUUCCAUCCCAAAUGAGCGGACAUGACAAGUAUUGAUGUCAAUAAUCUUGAAUAAAUUUGUUUAGAACUCCUAUUAACAGACACGAGAUUUAACUUAAGGUUUAUUUGUGCUUAUGAUCAUGAACCACAGUGAAAGAAGACAUUGAUUUGGGUCUUUUAUUAUGUUUGUUUAUGUUUUAAGGAUUUUAGAUUUAUGCAUUAAACUAUCUAAAAAUCCUCCUUAAUGCAUAUUUCUCUGGGCAUUUUAAAGUCUGCUGUUUUUACUUUUUUUUUCUCCAAUACAUGAUUUUACAAUGUUUGAUCCCACUGAUGGCUGCUUGUGUGACCUGUUUGAUAUGUCUUUUGACCUCACUGGAGGUUCAGCAUACAGUGGACACUGAUGUGGUAUAAAGUCAUGGUAUCAUUUGAUUGAGAGAUUGCAAAAAUGUCCAUAAACUGGUUAAAUGUUAA